GCGCGCGCGCGAGGAGAACAGCGUGUGUACGGUGACCGAGAGCGCACGGACAGAGCUGCUUGUGAGUGUGAUUUAACCCGCGUCUCCAGGCAACCGGCCCGUCUGGAGGACCAUCAUCCUCCCGUUAAGCUCAGCUGCACCGGGACCGCGUUAUACAGUAAAUAUCCGGAGCAUCAUUCCAUCAUUGAGCUCCGGUAUGGACUAACGGCUUUAUUCAUACAGCAGCGCACGGCGGAGCGUCUGUUUGUCGGUAACAUGCUGCAGAAAUACUAAUAGGAAACCUCGCCGUUCAGUCCGGAUUGUUUUUGUUCUCGUGGAUUAAACUUGUGUCCGGGAUGGGGAAGGAGCAGGAGCUGCUGGAGGCGGCGCGGACUGGGAAUGUGGGGCUGGUGGAGAAGCUCUUGAGUGGGAAGAAAGGAUUGCUGGGCUCGGGCUCCGGCUCCAUACCUCUGCCCGGGUUACUCAGUAUGUGGAGAGGCCUCAAUGUGAACUGUGCAGACGGCUCAGGAUACACACCUCUGCAUCACGCGUCUCUAAACGGACACAGGGACGUGGUGUUGAAGUUGUUGCAGUUUGAAGCUUCCACUAAUGUGGCAGACAGUAAGGGCUGUUUUCCUCUGCAUCUGGCCGCAUGGAGAGGUGACGUGGACAUAGUCCAGAUACUGAUCCACCACGGGCCGUCCCACAGCAGAGUUAAUGAGCAGAACCUUGAGAAGGAGACGGCUCUGCACUGUGCGGCUCAGUACGGUCACUCAGAGGUGGUCCGUGUUUUGCUGCAGGAGCUGACAGACCCCAGCAUGAGGAACAGUCGCGGGGAAACGCCGCUGGAUCUGGCUGCCCUGUAUGGCCGGCUGCAGGUGGUCCGCAUGCUACUGACCGCCCACCCCAACCUCAUGAGCUGCAAUACGCGCAAGCACACACCUCUACAUCUGGCCGCACGGAAUGGCCAUUACUCUACCGUUCGAGUGCUGCUGGAGGCCGACAUGGACGUUAACACACAGACAGAGAAAGGAAGUGCUCUCCACGAAGCCGCUCUCUUCGGAAAGAUGGAUGUAGUUCAGCUACUGCUUGACUCAGGGAUUGAUUCCAACAUCAGAGAUAGCCAGGGAAGAACUGCUCUAGAAAUACUGAGAGAACAUCCGUCACAGAAAUCACAACAAAUUGCUUCUCUUAUACAAGAUUAUAUGAUGUCAGAUUGUGACAGAGGGAAUUUCCACGAAGAUUUAGCACAGCAGCGCCCAAUACCAACACCACGCACAUCAAUACCCUCACCUGUGCCCUCCCCGUCUCUGCGGCAUAAAAAUGACGCAGUAACAGGGGAGUUGUCCAAGUUGCUGAAUGAAAUAAAGAUCUGCCGUGAUAAGGAUUGCUCCUUUGAGGAGCUGUGUCAGACCAUCUCUUCUCACUCUCAGUCCAUGGAGAGCUUCGGCAGUGGGCGUCUGUCUGACGAGGAACGGAACGGCACUCUCACUCGAAUAAACAAGCGGCCCACUCCCCCAUUGCCCCCGGCUAUGGAAGAGGAGGAAAAGAGCUGCGGACCAUCAGGCCUGUGGGAGGCGCUCACUCCCUGCAACGGCUGCAGAAAUCUGGGCUUUUCUCAGGACAGUCGAUGUGGUGAAAUUGCCCAUUCUCCAUCAUUGGACGUGUUUUUACCAGAGGAUGAGGACAACCCUUACGAGUCAGUGGCUACAGCUGUCACACGCAAACCCUGCUCUCUGGACAUCCAACUCCACAGCGCCUGUCCUCGCAACGGCCACUUCUCACACGUGUCGGUCAGUGAUGCAGAGCGAGGUAACCAUGGUGACGACUCUACAGGCCUGACUCCUGACUGCUCGCCUCCUUCACCUGAUACGGCCCUGAGGAACAUAGAAAGAGUCAUCCGCCCCCAGCCAAAGCAACGGACCUCGCUGUCCUCCUCCCAGGACGUCCAGAAACCUCUACAGAACCACAGCUGCGAACCUUCGGAGGUCAGCUCAUCUCUUGGCUACGCCAGCUUCAGCACCAGCCCCCCCGCCAGCCCCCCCAUCAGCCCCGCCAACUGCUCCACCGGAUCCGCCGAAGACUACGGCCUCACUGAAGAGGCAGCACAUCAGAAAGAGUGCAUAGAGCGAGACGACCGGAGAAACAGCCACGUUCCCGAGCAGUUUGCCGGCCUCCUCCACGGCUCAUCUCCUGCCUGCGAAUCCCCCGAUAACCCUUACCAACUCUACGGCAAAGUGCGAAAGUUUAGCGUUCCUGAGCCCCCGCUCCGGCACGGGAAUUUUCUCAGAGCGCCUGAGUACUCGCCUCCGUUCCCUCGCACUGGCAGUGAGGCAUCUGCCCUUAAGACCCAAAGAGAAGCCAAACCGCAGAUAGUCUACAGGACGAUUUUUCACACACAGGUCAACCAGGGCACGUUAACGCUCGGCGGACAGGGUGACAAGACCACAGGCGUGCAUGUGAGGAACGGGGAGGCCAGGAGCAACAGCACGGGCGGCAAUAGCCCAGCAAGCAGCAAUACCAGCUACGAAGAAAGAGCCUGCACACUUGGGAGGAUGAGGUCCAUGCCAAAAAACGUUUUGGACCUUCAGCUGUCCAGAAAUUUCUCCAAAUCAGACUCUAACCUGGUGGCCGUGUCUCCCAUCGAGGAAGAGCAGUGGAGUUCCAGAGGGCAGAGCAGCCCCGGUAAAAGCAGCCCCAACAGACUGGAGAGAACCCCCUCCUUUACGGCAGAGUGGGAAGAGAUUGACAAGAUUAUGAGCUCCAUAGGUGCUGGAAUUGGCACAGAGUUGGAGGGGAUUACGGAGAAUCACUCAGGCCCCCGCUGCCCCGUCCAGUCCGUGGGACAGUGGUUGGACAACAUCGGUCUGGUGCAGUACGAAAACCACCUGCUGUCUAAUGGCUUCGACAACGUUCAGUUUAUGGGCAGUAAUGUCGUGGAGGACCAGGACCUGCUGGAGAUCGGGAUUUUAAACUCCGCCCACAGACAGCGACUUCUUCAGGCUAUUCGCCUGCUGCCCAGGGUGCGACCCAUUGGUUACGAUGGAAAUAACCCCACCUCAGUGGCCGAAUGGCUGGAGUCUCUGGAGCUGGGAGACUACACCAAAUCUUUCCUCAUCAAUGGCUACACAUCCAUGGAGCUGGUCAAGAAGAUCUGGGAGAUCGAGCUCAUCAACGUUCUAAAGAUUAAUUUGAUCGGCCACAGGAAAAGAAUACUCGCGUCGCUUGGAGAUCGACUGCACGAAGACCCUCCACAGAAACCACCACGGGCCAUCUCUCUAAGGGAGCCCACCGGGAAUCACACUCCCCCUCAGCUGUCCCCGUCUCUGAGUCAGGCUUACCCCAACGCCGGCUCUCUGGACGUCCAGCAUCUCAUCAUGCAGGCCGACGCCCGACGCAGACGCAACGACAACUACUUCGAGGACGUGCCGCGCUCCAAACUAGAAAGACAGAUGGCACAAGUCAGUAUGCAAGGGGAAUGGUGUGAGCCAAUCACGUUACGGCCUCCGAACGAGGCAACGUCAUCUACGCCGGUGCAGUACUGGCAGCACCAUCCCGAGAAGCUUAUAUUCCAGUCGUGUGACUACGAAGCAUAUUAUCUGGGGUCUAUGUUGGUGAAGGAGUUGCGCGGCACAGAGUCCACGCAUGAUGCCUGCGCAAAAAUGAGGAAGUCUACAGAACAGAUGAAGAAGAUUCCCACCAUAGUACUGUCUGUCUCCUACAAGGGCGUCAAGUUUAUCGAUGCCACUAACAAGAACAUCAUAGCUGAGCACGAGAUCAGGAAUAUCUCGUGUGCCGCGCAGGACCCCGAAGAUCUGUCCACAUUUGCGUACAUCACCAAGGACCUGAAAUCCAGCCAUCAUUACUGCCACGUGUUUACAGCUUUCGAUGUGAAUCUGGCCUAUGAGAUUAUCCUGACGUUGGGCCAAGCGUUUGAGGUGGCGUAUCAGUUGGCCCUGCAGGCCAGAAAGAGCGGCCACGGUUCAUCCACUCUGCCCGAGAGCUUCGACAGCAAACCCUCCAAACCUGUCCCUAAACCUCGCGUCAACAUACGCAAGUCUAUGGAACAGCCCUCAAUGGAUCAAAAGGGCCACGCCAACGUCCCUUGGAUAGUCGAGCCAGGACAGGAAGCCAAAAGAGGAGCCAACACCAAGGCAAUGGCGGACGCCCAUGUCUAUUACAGUGGAAUUCAGAGAAUGUAGCCUGCCCCUAACAUGGACCCUCAGUCUCACAUGCAUUGCAAAUAAGGACCGCAAAUACGGAACCUAAAAGCGUCACCGGAGCCUCUCGUAACGCAUGUGUAAGGAUUCGCACGAGGACUUUUUCGACUGGGACUUGCCGUACGCGUACAAGGACUGCCGACGUGGACCCGUGGCCUUUUAACGAAACACUCGCAUGCACGCGCACACACACACACACACACACACACUGCAUAAAAAAAAACAAUAGGAGGAGACUGUGGAAUCUGAAUGUACACUUUUCAAGAGGCAGCGAUUUGAGUUGCGUUCCAAUGGACGGUGGCCGUCACGGAACUUUGUUGCGGGAAAGGCGAGUCACCGCGGAGACGGUCUCGCUACGGCGACUCGGUCACACUACAUUGACUUUUCACUAAAUAUCUAGUCCAAAAUACCAUGGCAUGUCUGGACUGGAAAAAACGGACUUUUACAUGAAUUGCUGUAUUUUUCUUUUCAGUUUUCCUUGUUUCUUUCUUUCUUUCUUUCUCUCUUUAUUUUGUUUGUUUGUGGUUAAUGAUUUAAAAAUAUGUAUAUGCACAAUGUGAAUGGACUCAUUGCACUGGACAACCAUGAAAUGGAUGCGUCUGGUGCCAAAAUCACUACAGGAUGGUUGUUAAGUUCAUUGGCGGCGCCAUGCAGAUUAUUAUUGAUAUAUACUGUUUAAUAGAGAACUAUAUUACCAUUACUGUAAUAUUUACAAUUAUUAUAAUUAUUCUUAUUGUGCAAUUCUCGUCUGAUGUCGUCUUAACGUUACAUUAUUUUUAUAUGAUGCGUCAAGCUUGAAUAUGCAGCCAUCUGAAAAAAAAAAAAAUAUUGUAGUACUACAAAGAAACCGAAUGUGUGGAUGGCUCCACUUGCAUUUCAGAUGAAAAUAUAAAAACAGAUCUUAUUUUCACUCAUUGUCAAUGUAGAAUUUUGCCACAGUUCUGUAAAUAAAUAUUUUGUUGACUCAUUGUUCAUAUAUGUUAUUAAAAAACAACAAAAAAUGUAUAAAGAAUGACAGAAUUAAAAACAAAUUUUUGCAGACAGGUCAAAGGGCACACAUUAUAAUUUAAGGUACGAGCAACCGGCGGAUUUGUGACAUCAUUGCGGACUAACAUGUGUAGAUAGGCUUGGGCUUCCAGCACACAAAUUUUGUAAGUUUGGUCUUUAUUUAUAUUCUUGCAAAGCACAUGGAAUAAAUCCAGAUUGUAGAACCAUUGUCCUUUCUGUGGCCUGUGUUCCUAUCUUCUUUUCUUUUUUCUUUCUUUCUUUCUUGUGUUUUAUCUGUCCAUUUAUAGAGUGGUGCACGGAUGACGUUAAAAACCUGGUAGACUAAUUGUCCACUGGUUCCCUCGAGAGUUUUCAAUGGGGUAUUAUAAUGGGUUUUUCAGAUUUAUCAGUAAAAUAAAGCUUGUGGUAAUCAUAACUUAUGAUAUUUUGAUGUUUUGUUCUACAGCGUAAACUGCACACACGCACACCCCAAACUGUUUUAUGUAGUUACUUAUAAAAUGGUUAGUUCCUGUCCUUGAUUCUAAUUGGUCAAUAGCUGUGUUUUAUUCACGAUAAAACACGGCUAUGACCGCUUCAUCCAACGGUUCUGUGUAUCACUACACGACACGCUUAGCAACCACUCUUGGCAACAUAAACUGUUUGUUCCCAAUUUAUAUUGUUCAUUGAAGCUUCCUGUAUUGUGAGAAAGAGAUCGAGCGAACGAGUUUAUUACCUGCAUUCAGAUUUAGCGUUUUCUUUCAGGUCAGUCCUGUGUUCAUAAUAAAAAAAUCUGUUUAAAUGUCUGCUGCAAUAUCUUGUCCUUUUAACAGUUAAGGGGUUUUCCCGUGACCGACAGUACUAGCCAAAGCAUUUAUCAGUUGCGUCUUGUUCCGUGUUCACAGCAAUUCAGUCUUUUCGAUGUAAAAAUGUCUUCGCUACUGACUGACACACUCAUAAAGACAGUCUUUGCUGCCAUCUAAUGGCCUAAUAAUGUAACUUAUGUUGCUGUUCACAGGUCAGGGACAAAUUGUUUCUGGAGGAAGGAAGGCUUUUAGUGAAAGUUUACUUCAUGAAAGGUGCAUAGAUACAUAUUUUUGGCUUUAAUAUUUGUAUUGUGUGGUAACCAUUUUAUAAAAGCAAUAAGGUACUCGAAGCUAGUGUUGUAUCAUGAAUAAGUCACGGCCGAAGGGGUUGCGGGCACUCCGCUUUGCGUCGUGUCUAACAACGCCUUUCAUCCGUGACUUGUUCACGAUACGGCACUAGCCUCUCGUACCUUAUUGCUUACUUGUUAGAAACAUACAUUUUCAAAAAUAAGUAACUGCUUCAAAAUUCAUGCUUUCAGUAUGGUUGUGUGUAAUUUACAUUGUAGAAGAAAAUGCCAAAGUAUCAUCAAGUUAUGUGAACCACAGACAGGCUUUUUUUUACUCAUAAAUUCAACCCCUGGGUUUUGACGUCAUCCCUACUCUUUUGUUUUUUCUUGUUGAAUUGUUGUUGAAUUACUGUUGUCAAUCAACUGUUACCCAUCAAUAUUCUAUCUGUACCCACCCUAAUUAUUUUGUUCUAUCUAUCUAUCUAUCUAUCUGUCUGUCUGUCUGUCUGUCUACCUGUUUUUCUUUUGCUUUGUCUGUGUAUAUGUAAUUAUCGUUUGUAUUAUUUAUUUGUGUGUACUUAUCAGUGGCCUCUGGGGAACUGCCACCAAUUACAAUUUAGUAAAGACAGGGAGCGUGUUAGAAGAUGUGUUUUGAUAAGGACUUGAGUGUGAGUUUCAGGAUAAUAUCUCCCUCAGGCAGGGUGGCAUACAGUUCACUUCUUGUGCACUCUGUUUCCAUGGAGCUCGUAUCUUUUUCCACAUAGCACGUAACAGUACUUGGUUACGGUGCAGAAACAGAUCUGGAGAAACCACACAGCCAAUUGACUCGGAAGAACCAACACAACAACGGACAGUUGUACUACUCAAAUCAUAGAGAUCCUUAGUUGUUUGAACUUUAAAUAAACAAUAGAGAAGUUCUAUGAAGCUUUUCUAUGAGAUGUACAUCUAAGAGACAUUUACAGCCUCGAUUUCACCUGCAGUGCGUUUUAUUCCCCAAUCUGUAAGGCGUUUACUGCAUCUUUCUGUCCGAGCCUUAUAAAUCAGAUGGCAUUUCAAGAGCCGUUUACAUCAGAGAGAUAUACGUUCGUCAAGCGAGACGAUCCGACCGACGUAACCUUUUAUCAAAUACCCUUCACUUUCCAUUUCAUCACGUAGUUCUCGCAACAAAGAUAGAACGAGAGAGAUAACGGGAUAACUGUAGUCUUGCGUCCCAGAUGGUGCGUAUCCCGAAGCCUUUGACUAAAUUAAGCGUCAGGGGAUAACCAUUUAUGUAAUUAUCUUACAGAUCAAUUAAUUAACACUUACAGAAUGUGCCAAAUAGAUUUCUGCAGCGAUAUCAAAAUAAAGUAGGCUUUAUGAUCGUUCAACUAGUUCAGUCACGUUGAUAUAAAAAGAACAAAGAGAGACGUGAGAGCCGAGAGUAUGUGAGAACUGGGCCAGAGCCUUAGGAACACACACAAAAUCAAACUGUAGGGAGCAAAAACAGCCCUCACCUAGCAUUUAUCAGCUCUGACGAAAAGAACAAACUGUGCUUACCUAACACUGUAAGCAAAUAUUGAAGAUUAAGAUCAUUCCAAACUAAAGCUAGCCUAUAUCGACAACUGAAUAUGUGGUUAUAAUAGGUAUUUCUUAAAAUAGGCUUGUGUGCUUACGCCCAUUUCAUUAAGCAUUUUAUCAUUUUGCCUAAAGUGUAUCAAUAACAUUCUUUAUUUAUGUCCUGUGUUGAAGAAAUACGAUUUUACUUUAGUAAUGUUGAAGUAGAUAAUCAGAGAUGCUGAUGUGGGUUCCCUCUGGGAUUUCUGAUGGGCUUUUAGUAAUGUUAUGUGUUCUGUGUGCAUGUCAAAUCAGGUCUGCGGUUAAUAUUAGUUUUGUUCAUCAAAACGAUUAGACAAAAGGUUCAUUCACGCCACGUCGCAAUUGCCUUAAGAAGCCUGAACUGUAAAAAGCCUUCAUGUUGUUGUAGAAUUUGUAAUUACAGCGUGUAAACUCAUAAUUUUCUGAGAGCUACGACUUGUACCACGUGGCCGCCGUGCCACCUGACCACUGCAGAUUUAAGAUGUGUUCGACUUGAAGCGGCGCUGUGCAGACCGGUCGGUGUAUGACGUCAAAGUAGGGCUGAAAGUAACGAUUAUUUUUCCAAUCGAUCGAUCAAUCAAUUAAUCAAUCAACCAUUUUUCCAAAUCAAUCAAUCAAUCGGUUAUUUUUUCGAUUAAUCUGAUUAUCUCCCCUGUAUAACUGUAACUAAUUUAUGUAUUAACUUUUACCUCAUGAUAUUAUUUAUUAUAAAAGAUUAUGCAGUGUAGGCAUAAUUAGGAAAGGUGUUUACUAGACCUUUUCAAUGGCAUCCACCAUCCGCUGUAAAAAGCUCCAGAUCACUUAUUUUCCACAGCUCAUAUUGUCUGGAGCUUUUUGUCUGCUGAAAUGUGCCUGAAAGAUAUUUUGCAGUGUUUUGUCAGGAGAACAAUCCCAAAACACAUGAAAUAACAGUACAACCCACUGAAGAGACGAACAGUCUAUCCCUCACAGCGUUGUAAAUCAAAGAUGGCGCAGCCGUGUAUAAGGUCUAUGGCUGUGUACAGUCACUUUUUGGGGAUUUAGCAGCAGCUGUUUACAAGUGUGAAUCCUGAAAUGUUUGUUCGUUCAUUCAGGAGAUUAAAGUAGCUGCUUGAAUAUGUCCAUUCAGCUAAUUAUAUGAUCAAACAGGUGAAGUCACAAGCGCAUUACUAACUAACUUUAGCGCAGCGAUAACCAUAGCGACAGUGUUAAACAUGGCAGUGUCUAUUAAACCGUUAAGUUUUACAACGAUUGACAGAGCGUAAUUAAAUAAAUGAGUCCAAUCGAGGCGUGAGUUCAUCCAUUAGAUAUUUGAAAUAACUACCAACAGCGUUCAAUGCUUUAAGCGUUUCGCACCAGCUCGUAUAAAACAGAAUGCUGUUUGAAAGCAGCUGUAUUAAGCCCAGAAUAUUAAACUGACAACGGUAUUCUAGUGCUGUGUAAAACUUAGCUGUCCAAAUACUCACGCUGGCGUGUCGUCGUUUUGAAGUAAGAGAGCCUCGGGAUGUUUUCUUUCUUUUCAGACGCUCCUGCACCGAAGUUGUGCUGCUAUGGUAGGCCUGUGUCAUUUGGGGUGUACAGAGCGUGUAGAGCACCAUUUUAUUUGGUCUCUGUUUAAAAAAAAUUCCCAUACCGUAAAUCGGGCCAGAUAUUUUUGUAAUAACGGCAGAUUUUUCCCUUCAGCCACCAUCAUUGGGAAAUAUAAACAGCGCAGCGAAUCGACGCAUUUUACUCAAAUCGACCAAUUUACGUAAUCGACGUAAUCACGCAGCCCCACAUCAAAGGACUGUGAGAGGGAUUAUAAAGCAUACAGAGCUGUAUUUAUGGUAAUAACAACAUGGCGUGAAUGCAGCAAAAGAUCAAAUGUGAAUUUGUAAAAGCAUCAAUAAAAAAGUCUUUUUAAAAGUUUCCGGUUAGACAAUUACAUUGUGUAGUCAGCGGCUUGAAAAUAUGCUUGUGUGUGUGUGUGUCUUUUAUUUUUUCCCUGCAGAAUCGGCAAUAAAUCAUUCAAAAUACUACCAGGAAUGUGUAUUUAAAAAGCAAAUUUGAUUUCAUGAUGUUAAAUUUGAUUUGUUUGAUUUCAUGUUGACUUUAUCACACAGGUAGGCUACUAGUCAUCCAUAAAAGGCUACGAUGAAGUCAUGUCGAUCAGUUUUGUGUCAUUUGAGUGUAUUUUCUUGAUACAACACUGUCUGUUAUGCUGAAACUCUGUUAAACAUACCCCAAGCAGCUGUAACGAAGCACGUGGGCUACCCCAGAAACCUGGUGUGCGUUUCCACUUAGCUUUUAGGGGGCUUUGACACCGGGCACCGAAUCUGGGUGCGAUUGUUCCCGGCGCCCCCGACAUCGUUGGUCUGGUUUCACACUCAGGCCCUGUCCCAAACGGUACCCUAAGCCCUCGCAAUCUUCCUCCGAGUCCACACUUUCUUGACGUGUAGCCGCUUUGACUGUCGGGUAGAAGAGCUCGCGGCUUUGCGGGCUCUGCAAAAGUGCACAUCAAGUGCGCAUAACGGCCGCAACGACGGGGGCACUCGUGAGCACUCUUCUGAAACUUAAAAUGACAAAUGGGACAUGAAGUGUACCAUUAGGGACAAGGCCUCACUUGAUUUAAUUGAACCCCGGUGCACUUGCAUACACAAACCAAUGUGAUCACAAAUGGGCUGUUUUAGACACUCGUCGUCGUAUAUUUUGAACCCGAUCCCACAAUUCCGUCAACCCGUUAUCACCUUUGAAAACGUGCGCUGAAAGUUCAGAUGCGACGAUAACUGUUAUUUUUGUGGGGUCAAACUCAUCAGGUACCCCUGAUGACGAAAGGGCAUUUUUGGGAGGACGCCCAGCAUCCUAAAGCCAGCUGCCAUGGCAACACUGGCCACGAGCCCAUUAAGGGCUUCACCUCCUCUGCGGUCCACGACGGGAGAGGCGAUAGAGAAAUCACACCUGCCGAAGAGCCGCAUUCAUCCGUCAACGAGGUCAGAUGCGAUUCAAGAGGGAGCAGAUUUGUAGUUUUUUCCUCCCACCCAAAGAGAAGCCAAAGGAGCGACCUGGAAGGAAGGAAAGAAGGAAAUGUUCCUAAACGGCACGCAAACUGUUCAUGUCAGCAUAAGAACGAGGCAUAUUUAGGCCAAGUCCUGAAACGUUUAUCUGUCAGACCGCAUCGCGCUCCUGACUCGACGCAUUUCGGCUUUAAAGGCCAAAGGCAGCUCAGGGCGGUAGCCUGAAGUGCAAAAAGGCCUUUAGUAACACACUUAUGCGAACAAGCGCAGAACCACGCAGUUGAAGAUGAAUGCGGUUGUCCAGCAUCAAAAAAAAAAUGUAGUUGAUGGUGUGUAGGGAAAUUCUUUCAGAACUGUGGACAGCAAGAUUUCCAUUGAAUAAAUUUUAAUUGUGUUGUGUUGUUAAAAAAAGACUUUGGAUAUAGUGCCAAAGUUGCACGGGGAGCAUUUUUAUCCUUUCAGAACAGUAUACUGUAAACCAGGUCUAGGCAACUCUGGGCCUUGAAAUUCCCUUUCCUGCAGAGCUAAGCUCCAACUAUAAUAAAUCACACCUGAACGAGCUAAUCAAGGUCAUCAGGAUUACGGGCUUUUGAGUUUGAUUUAGUUGGCCAGGCCCGCUGUAAAGCUAAAGAAUGUCGUACGGGUGAGUAGUCUAUGACAGGUUUUGGGAGAAGGAUUCCUUUAAUAACAAAGGCGACAUGUAUUUCUUCCGCAAAUUACGUUUGCUCGCACAGCUUCAGGAGCAGGAUCGCGUCCAAAGCUCCGCAGGCAAGGAUUUGGCAUCCGCUGUCUUGUUCUUUCUUUUUUUUUUUUCUUCAUACGCACACAGUUGGCCCUGCUCCACCUGACCUGACGAGAGCGAGCAAUAAAGUAGCCUCCGACACCGAGAGCAGCUGACAGGAACUCAGGCCAAGGUUCAGGUAACUGAGGCAGGGGGAUGCACAUGUGAGUCAGAGAUGAGCAAAGCCUCAUAGAAACGGCAUGUCCAAUGACAAUGGCAGGUACUGAUGGUGUGCUUUGUAUAUGGGUAAAAGGGUUUGAGUGGAGUUUUGACAAACUUCACUGGGAAAGUUGUGUUUACAAUGUACCAGGGUCAAUAUAGGAGGUGUGCUGCUUCUGUUGAAAAAAAGAACCUUUGAAGUUCGAUUGUGUAAAAUGUGUCAUGUGUUUGAAGGGUAUAACAAGCAGGGAUCCUGUGGUUGACCCAAUUUACAGUAGGUAUUUUUUGGUGCAAUUGUUGGUGGCAAGCACCAUGUCUUCCUCACACGAAAAACAGUCUGUAAUUAGACAAUACACUGUUAAUAUAUCGGUCACCAAUAAAACUGUAGCGCAGGGGUGUCCAAUCCUGCUCCUGGAGGGCCAAUGCCCUGCGGAGUUUAGGUGAAAGUUGUCAACACACCUGCCUGGAAGUUUGGAGUAUGCCUUGUAAGACCUUGAUCGCCUGGUUCCAACCCUAAUUAAACACACCUGAACUGAACUCUGCAGGACUGUGGCCCACCAGGAGCAGGAUUGAAUUCAAGUGUAGAUUUUGUGCAGGCAUGCAUAUGUUGUGGUGACCAGGUCUUCAGGCCAAAAAAGAACAAGAGAACACAAGAGAACACAAGAGAAGUGAUGUGUACUUGAAUAACCAAUAUAUCAUGGGAAUAGAAGGGAACAUCACCUGCCCUAUUCCAAAUAUCAGUUAUGUGUGUAAAGGGCAAAAAAGAAAGGAAAGAGGUAGACCUAGGCUAGAGUCAAAUUGGACGGGCUGGAGGAGGAUGUGACGGGUUAUAUAAUGGUUUGCGAAGUGUGUUUGUUUUCACUUGACCUCCAGCUGCAUUUCACCAGAACAUAAGAGCUGAGAAUGUAAUAAGAGGAAAAUGUAGUUCAUGCUGCAGAAGAUGUGGUUUGGGUGAUAUGAUGUGUGAUAAAAUUGAAAACUAGACCUGUCAGAGGCCUGUGGGAAAUUAAGUGCAGGGAGAUGUACCUCCCUGCGCCGUCAAGUUUAAUGUUAACGAAGCAAACCUAUCUACUUAAUGAUCAACUUUUUCUGACAAUUCUUAUGAGUUGUUUGAGGGUUGGCUCCAAGGUAGAUGUCCAGGAAUGUGAUUGAGCACCCCUGUUUUCAAGCAAUGAAGGAUAGUGGCUGAUUGAUUGAGAAUGUAGCUGUGAGCGUGAAGGUCGUCACGCCAAUCAAGGGCCUGCCUGAUGUUCCCAUCACAAAAGGGUUAAUGAAAGGAAUGUGCUGUCUGCUCCAUGAGCAAGUAAGUGUACAGUGGGGUGAAUGGUGGAAUGACUUAAUAAAGAAAUGGUCUGUUUGUAACAUGAAAGUCCCAAUGUAAUUUCCUAGGCCAACACAUUAACCACUGGGCCACACCUCAAUGCCAGUGGCACAUUGAAUCAAUGAGAUGUACAAUAUAUAAAGGGGAUUCUAGGCUCAGUGAAAUGCAAGUUGUGGUGUAGCAAGAGAUGUGUUGUCACAUCUCAGUGUCAGAGGUUGCUGUUUCAAAUCCCAGGAAGAUUAAGCAUGGGCAACUGACCAGAUGGAAGCUGGAGUAGUGUGUGUUUGACGGAAUAAGGUGAGUAAAUGUGUUCUUUGGGUCAGCAGCACAAUGAAAAGCAGUGUGUAUUUUGUCACGCUCAAGGAAAAAAAAAAAAAAAAAAGAAUUUACUAAGUAUUUAUACUUAGCCCGCUCCCACCCUCCUUCCUUCCUUCAUUUUAUAAUAAUAUAUAUAUAUAAGUCUUAACUGGCCUUAAAAAAAAACCCUCUUCCAAACCUUGCCCAAUAUAACCCAACCACUACACAUUUUGGACACCUCACUCAAGUCAGCAGCUCACCAGUACAGACUGCAACACUUCAAUUAGGUGUCCAAAGAGACGUACUACAAUGUAUAGUGCUUGGGAUACAGGGAGUAACGAUUGGAAGCACUAUACCCCUUCUGCUGUGUUCCACAUCAAAAAUGCCCAGCCUUUUCAAUUGCUUCAUUAAGCAACAAAUAUUGGAUUACACAUUUUCAAUUUGCACAGCUUUAGGAUUGCUCAUAGGCCUCCUUGAUCUCACCUUAUGCACAUCAGCAGAAGCUCAGAUCAAUGACACCUACGAUCAGUCACUUCCAAAAGUGCGCCUAAUUCAAACAAAACAAGUCAAUCUCCCCAUUUCUUCCAAUAUUUGCCCAAAACAUUGAAGCAAUUUUCUCCACACUGCUCAUUCUUCACCAGGAGCACAUAUUAGGCUUGUUAGAGAUGCAUCUGCACUGUGCAGACCUAUCAGAGUAUGACAUCAAAGUACUGCAAGACCAUUUGGAGAGCAUACAACUUUUACUUUUCAAUCACCCUCACACGGUACUUUGGUGUCAUACUCCAGUCAGUCUGCACGGCCCCAAUGCAUCUGGAACAAGCCUAAACUCACCUGACUCAAAUUCCUGCUCCAGCUCAAACAAAUUCACACUAAAUACAAUCCUGGACCAAAUCAUUUCUUCUACAAACACCGGAACACCCUUCUAACUCACAAACAACUUCAGCAAACUAUUGCUUCAGCUCGGACUGUACAAAUGUGCCGCACAGCUCUGCUUGACAAUGACAUUUGGACAUGACAGUGUGCUGUCUGUUCUCAUCAGCCAGCUGCCAACAGGAAGUGUCAGAAACAGACGGAGCAUGACCGCUGCUGUGUCAGCGCUGCAAUGCAUUACAGUGUCCUCUUCCCUCUUGCUCUCAAAAGCAUGCAUUCAAGAACCAGCAACCUUUUUUUCCUUCAACACUUUACCCUAAACUCCAGGUACAUCUACUUUCAUGCACAAGGGGGAACAAACCAAAAAAAAAAAAAAAAAAAACAACAUACAUUCACUCACAUCAAUCAUAUCAGGAUCAAUAACAGACAAGUCUGCCUUGGUGUUCAUUCAAUUUAUAUUCACAUUAACACAUUCAGUUACAGCACCUCUUCAUUUUGUAUCAUUACACAUUGACUUGUAAGCACAACAAACAAUUACAUUUUUCCCCCCAGACAAUGCUUUAAAAAAAAAAAAAACAA